CGCGCUCUCAAAACAAAGGAAGACGGGUCCUCGACUGCAGAGGAAGCAGGAAGCUCUGACCCUGCUCUGAGCCCAGCUGCCGGGGCCUGGGGACAGCGGGAUGGAGUCCGUGGCCCUGUACAGCUUCCAGGCCACGGAGAGUGAUGAGCUGGCCUUCAACAAGGGGGACACGCUCAAGAUCCUGAACAUGGAAGAUGAUCAGAACUGGUACAAGGCUGAGCUGCGAGGUGCUGAGGGCUUUAUUCCCAAGAACUACAUCCGCGUCAAGCCCCACCCGUGGUACUCGGGCAGGAUUUCCCGGCAACUGGCCGAAGAGAUUCUGAUGAAGCGGAACCACCUGGGAGCCUUCCUGAUCCGGGAGAGUGAGAGCUCCCCAGGGGAGUUCUCUGUCUCCGUGAACUAUGGCGACCAGGUACAGCACUUCAAGGUGCUGCGUGAGGCCUCGGGCAAGUACUACCUGUGGGAAGAGAAGUUCAACUCCCUGAAUGAGCUGGUCGACUUCUACCGCACCACCACUAUCGCCAAGCAGCGGCAGGUUUUCCUGCGGGAUGAGGAGCCCCUGCUCAAGGGCCCCCGGGCCUGCUUUGCCCAGGCCCAGUUUGACUUCUCGGCCCAGGACCCCUCACAGCUCAGCUUCCACCGCGGUGACAUCAUCGAGGUCCUGGAGCGCCUGGACCCCCACUGGUGGCGGGGCCGGUUCUGCGGACGCGUGGGCUUCUUCCCACGGAGCUACGUCCAGCCGGCCCGACACGAUGGACAAGCUCCGAGGGCAGGCCCCGGGCACAGCCACUUGGGGGACCUGGCUGCUCUGGCCUUCUCUGUUUAGGCCCAACUUCUGCCCGGACUGGGGUUCCCGGAGCUCAGGGAAGCUACAGGCCAGGCGGGAGGCCAGGGGCACUGCCGGACUUUGAGGUCUAACAGCAUCUGGGAUGGGACACUGGCCUGAGCACCGGCGGGGCGUCCACAUGGAAUGUGCCACCAGCAGCCAGUACUGACUAGCCCCUGCCCAGGGCCUGGGCACUUUGGGGAGCAGGAAGCAUGAAACGGGGCUCCAAAAGUGCUUCGAAUGCCAGGCUGAUGGUGGAAGGGGCAGGGAGCAGGGAGGGAGGGAGGGGAUGGCCUUGUGGCAGCCAGGAGCAGCUGGGAUGGGAGGCAGGAGUCCAGGGAGGGGGGCUCCCCUCUGCCCAGGGCCGUCUGGAGACCCUUCAAGCCCCAAGCUGCUCCUGACCUGGGCCCGUGUAUUCAAAAUAAAAACAGGAAAAUGAGUAUAA